GCUAUGAUUCUUAUUUAAACGUUAUUAAAAAUGUCGAAAUUCUCCUUUUAUCAUCAAGCGAUUAACAUCUACAAAACAAACGCCGACUAUUAAGAUUUUUAUUAUUAUUGUUAGUACUUCAUCGAUUUGUAACAUGCCUCACGAUUGAUAAAAAUAUCUUCAAAAGUUCUUGGUGGUGUGUUUCCUCGUUCUAAACGCUUUUCUCACAACCAGUUGAUAAUCCAAACAAUCGACAUGGCGACUACUGCAGACGCUGAGUCAAAUUUUCAGCUUGCUACAGAUUUUGUUCGUCUUAAUACAAAUAAGUUUGAGUCUAACACGUUACUGGCAUUAUACGCUCGAUAUAAACAGGCAAAUGAAGGUCCGUGUGACACUCCUAAGCCAGGAUUCUUUGACUUUCAAGGAAAGCAGAAAUGGGAGGCCUGGAAAGGUCUUGGGAACAUGAGUAGGGCGCAGGCGAGGCAGGGCUAUGUGCAGUUACUGAGCAAGGCCUGUCCUGACUGGGAGGAGAAGGUUCACAGCAAAGAGGGAAAAGUCUCCUCCAGUCUGGGUGUGUCUGUAAGUGUGAUGGCAAAUACUGAGGUUGCUAUUGAUGACGAGCUGAAGACAAUAUUUGAUUGGUGCAAGGAGGGUAACACAAAGCAGGUCGCAAAGUUGCUAGAGCAAAAUAAAGAAAUGGUUGACAGUAAAGAUUCGGAGGGUAUGGUGUUACUACACUGGGCUGCAGACCGAGGUGAUAAUGACAUGGUUAAGACACUCCUCACAUACGGUGCUUCUGUCAAUAUCCAGGAUGCAGACGAACAAACAGCUCUACAUUAUGCUGUAGGUUGUGAACACUGUGAAGUCAUACACACACUGCUGGCAGCAAAGGCGAAAACAGACGUGCCGGACAAAGAUGGUUGUACAGUGCUAUAUUUAAUGCAGGAUUCAAAUUCAGAAGUGAAACAAAUAUUUAACAAUUAUGAACACACUGUGACUUAAAUGAUACCUUCAGGAGUAAAAUUGUUGUAAAGUCCUAUAUUUCUGCCUUUAAGCUAUAACUAUCUAUCUAUCCCCUAUGGCAAGUGUUAUUGUAGGUUUGUUUCAUAUUUUUAUGAUCACAACUGUCACAUGUAUAUAUUCAUGUAUUCAUAAAAUGAAAAUUCAUUUACAUUUGUCAACAUUUAUUUUCAUAAUAAAAUUAGGGGUACAGUUAAAUUUUUAUGUUGUUUGAUCACAUUUAUGUAUUUACUGUUCAACACAUUUGCUGAAAGCAACUGACUAAAUUAUAAGAAUUUAAUAGUUUAAUUAAAUUUUAAUUACUAUUAAAAACAGGUAGUAGGUGUUAUUGUGAAGAGAAAUACAGUGUGUUGAAAGCUGUUUUGCACAAGAAGAAAACAGUAUACAUAUGUUAGAUUUUCUAUUGAUAUAGUGUUACCAGUUUGUUUUUCACUUUGUUUUCUUUAACAAAUGUUCAAUACAUUACUCUGCAACAACUGUACAUAGUAAAACAACUAAAAAAAAGACUAUUGGGGUACUAAACUGGUACAACUUUAGAAACUGUGAAAUAUUUGCAGUAUAAUUUGUUGUAAUAUUCCAAAAGAACAUUUUAUGAAAAAAUGUAAAUGUUUCAUUGUUGAAUAUUAUUUAUUGUUAUACAAUUAUUUUUCUGAUGUUGUGCUUAUUGAAAUAAUACACAAAAAAUUA